AUGGAGACCGCUGCCACGUAUCGAGAAUUUGUGAGGUUUCGGCAACAGAGCAAUCCGUGUGUGGCUGGGCUCUCACAAUUUUUAGAGAAUCGCGACUUGCAACAAGAUUCCUGUCGAAUUUACUUAUCGGGCUGCGCUUCCGAGGUUUCGACGGGGUCCCAGAGCUUCGAUCAAGUGUAUCUGGACGAACUCCGCUCCAUCCUUGCCACGCCGUUCAGCGCCGGUCCGGGGCGUAUCAUUCUCAUUGAAGAUCUUCACCCUUUAAUCGUGGAGAUACUAGGGACAGCCCUCGACAUCGACCCAAUAUUCUUUGCCGACCACGUCGUGACGAAUUACGCCCAAAUCGAGAAGUCCCCGGCUCCUCCCUCAGUUGCUCUAGCUCCAUCUCAGAUUGCAUCUCAAGCAGACAGGGUCAACAUCCAUUUCCAGCAGAUUGUUGACCUCGGUGCCGAGGAGGGGUUUCGAAAUUCUACGUGGAUCUUCAACACUGCGGCAAAUGUGCACCGUACCGUCAGGCGCUUACCGCCACUCUCUGGACGCCAGUUGGGCAUCGCUCGGAGCUGUUGUUCAGUUUUGCUGAAACCAUUUGGUCAGUCUUGGAUCGCAUUGAUCCUCGUUGACUCGACAACCUCUAACAUCUCGUGCGGCGACACUUCGUGCCAUAUCCGCAGAUUCCCUCUUCAUAAUGGCACCGAAGACUUUCGGACGCCGAUCCUGUUUUCUGCCUUUCAAUCUCAGAGACAUCAACUUGAUCCUCCUUCUGCCUCCAUGUCCUUGGUCCAAAUACUCCGGGACUGCUUUGUCCAGAGUCUGCCGACUUCCAAGCACGCCAAACCCAGCGUUCUGGAUCUGGCAUACUACCCGCUGAGAAUAGUGGUUGGCGAAUGGAUGCUAUAUAGCCAGGUCAUGGCUCGGUAUCUGGCGCACUACGAAUACUCUUUCAAAGACAUCGAGUUGGUACUUCGCGGCGAGAGAGACGACAUGAUUGAACUCCAGAAAUGGCGCCACCGCGCCAUCCAGUCGCAGUUCAAGAUCCAAUCCACGAGACAGUUCGUCGCUUGUUGUUUGGCUCAGAGCAAGGCCGAGGAGGAGCGCGGUCCGUGGGAUUUGAUCUUGAACGACUUGGACCACCUGUCCACCAAAAUCGAAGUGUAUGGCCAGUCGAUGGAGCGUAUGGUCUCGGUGGUGACAUCAAUGUUCCAGCUCAUCGACUCCCGUCGGUCGAUCGCCGAGGCCGUCAAUGUGAGACGGCUGACCAUCAUCGCCCUUAUUUUUGUGCCCCUGUCGUGGGUUGCGAGCUUGUUCAGCAUGACUGAUGACUUUGCCCCGGGUCAGUCGAGGUUUUGGCUAUAUUUUGCUGUUGCUGUCCCGCUUUGCGUCGCCAUUGGCGCUUUCUCACUACUGGCAGAGUUCUAG